AGGAGGAGGAGGAGAAGGACCAUGAGGAGGACUGUGGAGCCCAGGCACUUCCGCACCAUGUGAGCGACCUGAUGAUGCUCAUUUGCUCCGGACCAGAUGCCGCAUCCUCCCGGAAAGAUCCGCAGAGCCCGAGCGGAGCUGAAGCUUCCACCCGCCGGAGGGAGCGACAUUCAGGGGGAGAGAGAGACCCGAGGCCGGGGAGGAGACUCCGCUCAUCACCGGAGUCUGUCCCCGCCAGAGAGCACCGGUCUCCCGGGGAAAUGAGUGCAGACGUGGCGGUGACCCUGCUCGUGCUCGCGGGGAUCGUCGGGCUCAGCGAUGCGACCCGCAGGUUGCUCACCAGGAGCCUCGCGCGCACGGGGCUGUGCGUGUACGCGGUGGAGCUCGUGUCCACCUUCCAGCUGUGCUGCUGCACGCACGAGCUUAAACUGCUGUCCGAAGUGGGCGGGAUCGAACCUCGCGUCGCGCUUAGCCUGACCUACCUGGCAGCCGUGGUGCACGGACUCACGUUCAGCGGCGCCACCGGUAACCCCACCGGGACCCUCGAGCACGCGUACCGCGCGAGGAUCACGGGCGGCGGCGCCGUGCGGAGGAUCGCGUGCCAGUUCGCCGCGGCCGCCGCUGCACGAGCCGCGGUCCCGGUGAUGUGGGGACUCGGGCUGUCGAGGCUGCACGUGCGGCACAAGCUGCUCGGUUACCGGUGCGUGAGCCCGGUUCACGCGCCUCUGCACCAGGCCGCCGCCGUGGAGCUCGCGUGCGCCUUUGCGGUGCAGACUGCCCUCACGUACACGCGAUUGGUGGAUGAGAAAUACCGCGUGCACGCGGUAGCUGGGGUCAUCGCCUCAGUGGUUUAUGCAGGCGGCAGUUUGACAGGAGCCGUGUUUAAUCCGGCCUUGGCCUUCUCCACUCAGUUCCCCUGCAGCGGACACUCCUUCCUGGAGUACUGUGUGGUCUACUGGCUGGGUCCACUGCUGGGUAUGAUGAGCUCGGUGCUGCUGUUUGAUAAACUCGGCCCUCGGUUGUCAAGGAAACCAACGUCUGUCCCUCGUCCCGUGGAGACAAAGAAGAGGACAUGAGCCUCAGGUUCGUUCCUGCAGCACAGACGGACUCAGUUCACCUGCCGCUGGCCUCAGUCUUCAGACACUGAUGCGCACUUUUCUUAAAGGACACUUUAACCUGAAGGUUCUUGUUCCUCCACAGUGACGAUCCAGAUUCUAGAACAUGUCGGAAGUAAAUCUGCUCAUUUGACCACAGGAAGUUGAGUGAUCACUGUUCACACAUUGAAACUUUAUCAGAACUGUCACGUCUAAUAACUAAGUUUGCUGAAAUGAAAGUUUGCAUGAGUUUCGUAACUUGUAAAUAGAGCUUCUCAAAAGGGAAGCCAGAUCAUCUUGAUGGCCCCCUGGUGGCUGGCUGCAGUAUAGGUCAUAAACUUCCCCUCCUCCAUGUUUGCAGUAGUACAUGGAGCAAAUUACACUUUAAAUAAAUGUUUCUGUAAUUUCAGGUAGUUCCUCUCACACUGGUGUUUGUUCAAGUUUCGGAUCAGAUUGGUUUUAAUUAGUUAUUUGAUGAAACGGAGUGAAACGUCAUGAUUGACAGCUGAGACCGACUCCUGAUUGGUUGAGCCAGUGUAUCAGCGGCACCUUGAUGCUGCAGCGCCACCACCUGGUCACUGCUGCACAGACACUCUGGCUCCACAAGAUGGCAGCGAUUGUAUCAGAGGUUUUUUGGCUUCGUUUCUGAAUGUGGGAGGAAGUGGAGACAUGUCGUCCAUCAUCAUUUACUGUUUAUCGUCGGUAUCCUCAAACUCCAAUCUUACAAUGAGCCUAGUAAAAUUGUUAAUAUAUUUACUUAUGCUAAUUCACUGAAUAAUGGGACACGUGAUAAUGGAUGGUAAUAUGUGGUACUAAUACACUAAAUAAACUUUUCUUUACAAAGUGCUUAAUAUUUAAUAUUAUUAAUACUUAAUGUGACAUUCCAGAGAGGAGCACAAUGUAGAAGUGACCAGUUACAUGGUUUCAGAUCUGCACAGAUGGAACUGGUGCCUUUUGAAUUCUCUGUAAAAACUGGAAAUGCAGAAUAAACUGUUGAAAUCGAA